UCCAACAACCCCCGCGGAGGAGUCCCUCCCGGGCGCGUCCGACCGUUCCAGUUCGAGUGGAGGCUGCUUCAGUAGCUCCCGAAUUUAGGGGCGGAUUGUCGAUGUAAAUAAUGCCGGACAAGUGCAGAACCGGGCCCGUGGACCGUGGUGGCGCCGGUUGGACUUUGGCAGUCGCCGUGCUCGCGCUUUGCGCGUUCCCUGCAGUGGAGGCUGACGACUGUCCCAUUGAAAUCGACCCCCCUGCAGUGGUGGUGAAAUAUGGAGACCCAAUAUCAGUGAACUGCACUGUGUUCACAGAGCACAUGGGGAUGGGCUGGGUGGCUAAACAAAACCCUGUACCAAACCAGCAAGGUGUCCAGUCUCUCCUCUGGACUGUUGAAAAUCUGACAGUGUGGGAUAUAAACCCUCAGUGCUUUGCAAAUUUUAAGAGAGUUCCUCAGUGUUUGAAAAAAGUGUCAGUCACCGUGUACAAGACUCCAGAUAGUGUCUCCAUCAGUUCUGAGAACCACACUAGCUCCUUAGUGGAGAGGAGACAGCACAGGCUGGUGUGUGAGGUCCAAAAUGUGGCUCCAAUUCAGAACCUUAUGGUGAAGUGGUACAAAGGCAUUGAGGUAGUGAACAUAACCUUGUAUUCUGGAGAAUCCAAGACACCUGUGAAUGUUUCCUCCACCUUCCUGAUCACCCCCAAUAGAACAGAUGAUGGAACGCAGUACAAGUGUGUGGCAGAGCUUCACUUGGGGCCAGAAGGACCACAACCCCCUCCUGCAGUGGAGUCAGAGCCCUUCAGAGUCACUGUACACUAUGCACCCUCCCUCAUCAGUUCCAGUUCAGAGGUCAUGGAGGUCAGGAAAGGUGAAAAGGUGACAUUAAACUGCACUGCUCAGGGAAACCCCCCACCUGUGUACUCCUGGAACACCUCACACCUUCAGAAGAUGGACUGGAACAAGUCAGUGUUUACCUUCUCCUUCCUGGCACCAGGAACCUACAUCUGCACUGCUGAUAACUACCUGGGACUCAAGAGGAAGCAGUUCACCAUACAGCACAAACCAGUUUCCCAAAGGACGUUCUGGAUCAUUGUUAUAGUAGGAGUGAUUGUUGCUUUUGUGCUCAUCAUCAGCUACCUCUUUCUGAGAUAUAAACAUGGCAAGAAUUCCAUAAUCUGACAAGCGCAUUACCUAAGCCCAAGACCCAGGCAGUGGAAUUUCUUCUUCUGAGAAAAUAGGAACACAAAUUGCUACAUUUUCUUUUUGGUUGGGUUUGGUAUCUAGAUUUAUUGUGAAACCUUGUUUCAAAUUUGCUACUCCAUUUCAGGUGUUCAAACUAAUUGUAGAAAAUGAUGGACUUGUGUUUUUCGGAGAUCUGACACCAUGCUCUGUCCCCAUUUCUGUGUCUGAAGUCUUCACCCUGCUCCAUACCCAAACCCAUACCCGUGUUUGCCAUCCACACCAGACCAAAGCUCAUGUCUGAACAACAGACCCACACUGAAAUAGUUCUAGUUUAUACAGCUGAGGCCCACAGACUGACUGUCUUCCCCACUGAUACUGAAAUCCAGUUUAGGGCUAUAAUGGGGAAAUAAGCUGGGGUGAUAUAUGGUGUUUGUAAAAAAAAAAAAAAAAAAACUGCAGCAUCAGAGUUAUAUAAAGCCUAUAUGCAUAGGCUGUAAUGUUAAAUAAAGUUUUGUUUAAUAAA